AUGGCGGAGAUUGAAAGGGAGGGGCGGCGGAAGGGCGUGCUAGCAGCAGCAGCUACAGCCUCCAAGGAGACUGCAGCGGCAGCUGCUACAGCCGUGAAGGACACGGCUGUAGCGGCGGCGGAGACUGUUGGGAAAGCAGCUGUAGUGGCAGCAGAGGCGAUUGGGAAAGACACAGGGGCUGUAGUAAAAGAAGGGGGAAAGGAUAUCAAAGAGGGGAGGGUGGGGGAUGAUAAGGAGGUGCGGCUGCCCCACCGGGAGAAAAAACCCGUGGAUUUCAAGGGUAAACUCAUUGUCGCGCCGCUGACCACCGUGGGUAAUUUACCCUUCCGGCGCGUGUGCUGCUCGUUCGGCGCGGACGUUACAGUGGGCGAGAUGGCGAUGUGCGGUAACCUGCUGCAAGGGCAGGCGUCUGAGUGGGCGCUGCUAAGGAGGCACGAGAGCGAGAAGUGCUUCGGCGUGCAGCUGUGCGGUCCGCACCCGGAUAUGGUUGCUAAAGCGGCUGAACUGGUGGCCGAGCAUUGCCAGGUUGAUUUCGUGGAUCUGAACAUAGGGUGUCCGAUCGACAUAGUCGUCAACAAGGGCUCUGGGUCGUCGCUGCUGCGCAAGCCGCAGCGAUUGGAGCAGGUGAUUAGAGCUACUGCGCUCGCCAUCGACGUUCCACUUACUGUCAAGAUGCGCACAGGGUACGCAGAAGGUCACAACGUGGCACACCGCUACAUUCCCCACCUGCUGGACUGGGGCGCUACAGCCGUGACCCUGCACGGCCGCACCCGCCAGCAGCGCUACAGCCGGCUGGCAGACUGGGAGUACAUCGGGGAGUGUGCCUCAGUCAAGCCGGCAGGGCUACAGUUCAUAGGCAACGGGGACGUGAUGGCAUACACCGACUGGAAUGAGCACACGGCCAAUGGCAGCGCGACAGCUGUCGACUCGUGCAUGCUGGCACGUGGCGCUCUCAUCAAGCCAUGGCUGCUAACAGAGAUAACGGAGCAGCGGCAUUGGGACAUAUCAGCGGGGGAGCGUUUAGACAUGCUGCGCUCGUUCACGCGCUACGGGCUGCUGCACUGGGGCUCCGACUCCCGCGGGGUCGAAACCACGCGCCGCUUCCUGCUGGAGUGGCUGAGCUAUCUGCACCGCUACGUGCCCGUGGGGCUGCUUGAAAUGCUACCACAGCGCAUCAACUGGCGUCCACCGGCUUUCUACGGAAGGAAUGACCUCGAGACACUGUUUGGGUCGGACCAGGCUCAAGACUGGGUGAGUAACGCCUUUCUUUCACACUCUCAUGGGAAACGUAAGGGGGAGGGGGAGGGGGGGGGUUCUGGGUGCGUGGGCAGAAAGGGUAGUGAGCGAGCACCGUGCUGCUUCCUGCUGGAGUGGCUGAGCUAUCUGCACCGCUACGUGCCCGUGGGGCUGCUUGAGAUGCUGCCGCAGCGCAUCAACUGGCGGCCUCCUGCUUUCUACGGGAGGAAUGACCUGGAGACCUUGUUUGGGUCGGACCAGGCUCAAGACUGGAAGCGUCGCCAGGCAAGUCAGCGGUUUCGCAUGCACGUCUUCGUCGUGAAGCCCAGACUGCACGCGCAGUUUACAUUCCCUUCUUCCCUGCUUACGCGUCAUUCUGCCGUCGCAUACCACUCGCCGUUCUCACCUUCAGCCAUCAUCUCCGUUCCUAACGGAAAUGCCGCUUCCCUCGGUGCACCUUGCCCGUCCACUCCAGCUGACAAUACCAAUUUCGUGGCGCCUAUUCUCCGCGCCGAUGCGCAGGUGGACCACCCGCAAGCUUUCAAGAAUCGCCGGUCGCUCAUGAUCAAUGGAAUCCCGAAUCGCGACACGCCGUGCGCCACGAGAAUGACGUGGUGUAACCAGACGGGCCUCACCGGGGCCAAGUGGGUGACGUGGCUUCCGAGCCCCACAGACGGCUGCCUCAACUUCCCGCCGGAAUACUACUCGUCGACGUAUUACGGCUCGGUCCAAAUCGAGUGGUACGCGCCGACUCAGGCGAUGAAGAGCGACUGGUACUUCGUCACGUGCCAGCAGCUCCAGUUCUACUCGAGCCGCGACUGCAAUGUCGGCGUGCAGCAGCUGACAUGCCCCACGGACCGCAACCCGCCGUUGCCCAGCAAGCGAAGCCCGUUCCCCGCUAUUCGCACGCCGAUCAAGUCCGUUAGUUGCCUAUACUGGCAGGACCUGACCAAGUUGUACACGUGUCCGGCCAACAGCCACCUGGAGACCAAGUGGGCGGGCGCCAAGUGCUACUGUAACAAGGGCUUCGCUGAGCAGAACGGCGUGUGCGUAGACGUGUGCACGCCGCUCAACUGCGGGCCCAACUCAGACUGCUACGUGUCAAACGGAGCAGGCGUGUGCAACUGCACGGACGGUUACCGCAUGGUCAACAGCAAGUGCGAGGCCGUCGGCAACUCGGACUUCAUGGAGCCACACAACGCCGCGCGUGCUGACGUCGGUCUGCCGGCGCUGACGUGGAAUGACACUCUGGCCUCUGAGGCUCUUGCCUGGAUCACCCAGCUCUCCACAACAGACAACACUUGCAAAACAGCCACCCGCAACAGCGCCCUGUCGUACGGCCAGAACCUGCUGACGACCAUCGGCAUCGGCCAAUGGACCGGGAGAAUGGUCGUCAACUCAUGGGUGGCGGAAAAGGCGAGCUACACCUACGCGCCUCUGAACGGCGGGUGUGCGGCCGGUGCGAUCUGCUCUCACUACAUCCAGAUCGUGUCUAAGCAGUCGACAGACGUCGGAUGCGCUUCCAUCACCUGCGCCGGUGCGGGGGCUCAGCUCUGGGCCUGCUUCUACUCGCCCAAGGGGCUUGUCAAGGGCACUUAUCCCUACUAG